AUGUCAUCUUCAACAACCUCUAAUCCUGGAAUUACUGCUACUGCUGCCAUGGCCACUCCCCCUAAUCCUCCUUGGAACCUGUUUUCUCACUCUCUCACGUCUAACCUUACGAUCAAACUCGAUCGUCACAACUUUCUCUCUUGGAAAUCUCAAGUUAUACCAACUGUGAUCGGCCAUGAUCUGGAUGAAAUCCUCUUCACCGGCACGUCUCCACCUCAGAAUCUUGUCAAUGGAGCUCGGCGAGGUACUGUUAGUCCGCCACUAAUUAUUGUUAAUAGUGACCCUUUAUUACCGGCGAAACCCGCCUCUAAAGAUCUUUACCAGCAGAUUUCUCAAUUAUUACCGGCGGACCCUUCCGCCUCUAAUUCUUAUAUUUGUUGUAGUGGGGGUGCGUUAGAACAAAAAUUCUCCAGCCAAACGAAGGCUCGAUUGCUUCAACUCAAAGGCCAAUUUUCUCAUUUGAACAAAGGAAAUCUUUCCAUAUCUGAGUAUGUGGAAAAAGUUCAGACAAUAGCUGAUGUGCUCACUGUGGCUAGAGCUCCAGUUAAAGAUCAAGAUCUUGUUCUACAGGUUCUAAAUGGGUUAGGUACUGACUUUGACUCUGUGGUCUCUGGGAUCACAGCAAGAAGCGACAAUCUCACCAUCGAUGAAGUUCAAGCCUUGUUACUCUCGCAUGAAAGCCGAUUGGAACAUCAUCAUCAAAUGAACGAUCUGUCUAUGAAAAUGCAAGCCAAUCUUGCUUUCGGCUCAGGAAGGUCAGGUGGUGUUCGACCAUAUUCCUCAAACAGAUCUGGAAACUAA